CGGCAAUACAGAACUCCUGCCACGGGGAGGCGCUCGCGUGCCUAGAAAGAGAAAAAUGUUGGCACGUCAUCUUCGGUGACGUUUGGAAAACAAAAAACAGGAAAUCUGAAACAAAAACUUCGAGGCUGUUAUAACCCAAAGCCAUCUGUGACCUCCUACAGAUGGCUUGCUGUGAGAGCAGUAAGGGGAGUCUGGAGGAGGACAGCAAUAAUGAAGUUAAUGGCAAGGAGCUGCCUGGAUGUGCCUUAGCGAUGCUGGAAAAGGAACGAGAGUAUCUUCUGAGCCCUUCGGAGGGUCCCGGCACCUUCAUCAGUAACUCCUCCAGUUGUCUCCAGGCUGCUGACCCCCUUCAGGGCUACGAUGUAGAAUUUGACCCACCCCUAGAGAGUAAAUACGAGUGUCCUAUCUGCCUCAUGGCGUUAAGGAACGCCAUUCAAACACGCUGUGGUCACCGCUUCUGCAAGAGCUGCAUUGAGAAAUCUAUUCGUGAUACAGGGCAGCGGUGCCCCGUGGACAAUGAAAUGCUAUCAGAAGACCAACUGUUUCCCGAUAACUUUGCCAAGAGGGAGAUUUUAUCGCUAACUGUUCGCUGUCCAAACUCCGAUUGUGCCGAGAAAAUGGAGCUCCGACACUUAGAGAAUCAUUUGGCGCAGUGUCAGUUCACCACUGUGCCGUGCCCACAGUGCCUGCAGGCAGUGAGGAAAAGCUACCUAGAGGAGCACAAAGCGGUCGAGUGCCAAAAAAGACUUGUAUCAUGUCCAGACUGCGUGACACACUUUUUUUGGGAUGAGAAAGAGCUUCAUGAGCAGCAGUGUCUCUUUGCCAGCGUGACGUGCCAGUACUGUGAGUUGGAUCUCAUCAGAGACCAUAUGGAGUCUCACUGUGAUACAGAUUGUCCCAAAGCUCCCAUUGCCUGUAACUUCAGCAUUUUCGGAUGUGAAGAAAGGAUGCAGCGCCAUGACCUGGCCCAACACAUGCAGGAGUUCACACAGAUGCACAUGCGCUACAUGGCUGAGUAUCUGCGUAGCCUCAGCCUCAAUGGCACCACACCAAAGCCCCUGCGCAUGCUGGGACCUUCUGUUUCCACUGAAGAUCCAGGACCUGCAGCAUUGGUGUCAGCCUGCGGUGGCGUCAGACCAACUGCAAGCUGCAGCAUCAGCUCUGCUUCAUGUCAGCCCAGCGAGGAGAUGCAGAGGCUCAGAGAGAUGGACGGACGCUUGGUGAAGCAGGAUCAUCAGCUGCGUGAGCUCAUCAUCUUAAAAGAGACACAAGCAGGGCAGCUGGCGGAGCUGAGGCGCCGGGUGUCGGUGCUGGAGGACACCGUAAGAGAACUAGAGGCCCAGCAGUGCCAUGGUAUCUUCGUCUGGCGCCUCCGAGGAUUUUCCGGCCUCCUGCGCAACCAAGAAGCAGGCCUGACCGUGGUGGAGCACAGCCCCGGCUUCUACACCAGCCACCCAGGCUACAAGCUGUGUCUGCGUCUCCACCUGCAGAGCCCCACUGCCCCACGCUGCUCCAACUACAUUUCACUUUUUGUCCACACCAUGCAAGGAACUUUUGACGGGCAGCUGACCUGGCCCUUCCAAGGGACCAUCCGGCUCGCCAUACUCGACCAGGGACCCGAGGGUCAGCAUCACAUGGAGGUGAUGGAGACAAAGCCGGACCUGCUAGCUUUUCAGAAGCCCACCAUUCCGCGCAAUCCCAAAGGAUUUGGUUAUGUGACCUUCAUGCACCUGCAGCAGCUGAGUCAGAGAGUGUAUGUUAAAGAUGACACCCUCCUGAUACGCUGUGAGGUGACGCCACGCUUUGACAACGUUCUUCAUCGUGAGGGACCAUCAGUGCAGCCGAGAGGCCCGGAGGUGUCACGAGACUAAAGUCAAACUCAGUUGGACGAUGGUCGUGUUCGUGUGUCGAGCACAACUUAGCGUUUCAGUGUUGCUCGUUCCUUCAAUAGCAGAGAAAAGUAACAGCCACAGUCUUUUAUAAAUGCUUUUAUUUAUUUGUUCAUCAGCUUCCAGACCCUCUGAACCUUUGUUGUUUGGUCCUUCUCAAAAAACUUGAUCUGAAACAUGUUUUAAGAAGAAAAGAGUGUUAUGCUUUGACUCGGUUCUUACAUUUGUUGGCAGGUAAUUAGCAGAUUAACCUUUUCAGUUGCUGCUGAACUGAAUUGAUGCUCAAUAGAUUUUUAUUUGUAAUGUGUCAAAAUUUUGACUUAGUGUCAGAAUCAACCAGUACUGAUCGGCCAAUCUAAAACUUACAAAUCAGACUUUCUCUUCUUUUUUUGUUGGAUUUUAAUCACAUCUCUGCAGAGCUGGAAGAAAAUUUGAUAUGUUUGAAUUGGCCAUAUUAAAAGUUCAGAGCUGUGCGACUUCUGUAACGACCUGUUCUCAUGAGGUGCUUCCAUGUUUUUGCUUUUAUCCCACCUACUAAUGCAUUGAGCAUCUGUGUAUUCUCAGUGCUAGAUUGUACUAGAAGUUGUUUUUUUAUUAUCCGAACGCUCUGCAGGUUAUAAAAUCUUAAUUAGUGCAUUUAAAUUGUUACAAUGUAAUUACGUAUUCAAAAUGGAAAUAUUCUGAUUUGUUUUUGUUCAGAUACUAGUAUGGUGCCUUCACUUUUUAAAUACACACAUCAUUAAACACGCUCGAACUGUUCAA